GGAUGAUCUUCUUCAAUUUAUUAACAGUAUCUAGACCAGCGUGGUCAAAGUGUGUUGUGUUUGCGUUUAGUUUUUAACUAAAACUGCUGCGUCGGCCAUCAGGAUGAGGUCGUUAGCGCUACUGUUAAUACUUGGCUGCCUCUGUGCCACACUAGCACGAGCGGACGGAGAAGACCAGUCGCAAGUAGAAGCUGUCCGCGAGAAGCGUAGUCCUGCGCCAUUCUUCUUCAAGAAGGGCCACGAAGAGCACCACCAUGAGCCGAAGUGCGUGUGGGAGAAGAAGCUGACCUGGAAGGAGGACUGGAAGAAGGUCUGGGAGAACAAGAAGGUCGAGGUGUGGAAGUCCGAAUGGAAGAAGGAGCAGAUUCCGGUCUGGAAGAAGAUCGAGGUCCCAAUCUGGCGCGAAGUCAAGGUCCCCGACUGGAAGAUCAUCAAGAAGCCCUACUGGAAGGAGACGGAAAUUCCGGCCUGGAAAGAGGUUGACGUACCCGACUGGAAGAAGGUGAACAAGCCGGUCUGGAAGGAAGUUCAGGUUCCAGUGUGGAAGGAAGUGCAGGUGCCGGAUUGGAAGCAAAUUUGGGUACCGGAUACGGUGAAGGUCGGAAUUCCUGGCGAGAAGUAUCUGGGCAAGGAUGAGCACGGUUGGGAAUACACGAGCCACGAUCUCUGGAAGAAGAAGAUGGUCUGGAAGCCAGUGUGGAAGAAGAUCUGGAAGACCGUCAAGAAGGAGGAGUGGAAGACCGAGAAGAAGCUCGAAUGGAAGGAAGAAUGGGUCCAGACCUGGCGCAAGGAGAAGCAGCAGAUCUGGGUGAAAAAGAAGGAAGAAGCUUGGCAUGAGGAGAAGGUCGAAAUCUGGCGCAUUGAGAAGAAACAGGAGUGGGCUACCGAGAAGAAGCUCGAGUGGAAGGAAGAGUGGAAAGAAAUCAAGGUCCCAGCCUGGAAGGAAAUUCAAGUGCCCGCAUGGAAGAAGGUGUGGAAGCCUGUUUGGGAGAAGGUCUGCGUCCCAGUCAGCCACGGAUGGCAUUAGUCUUGUAUUAUAGUGCUUUAGGUGUUUUUAAAUUUAAUUAGUUUCGUAUCUCGUAACUGGUUAAGCUCCUCUACUAUUCCUUCUACUUUCUGUGAAGUGGUGCUGUCUGGUGUUUGGUUCGAGGAAGCAUAAGCGCAAGGGAUCAUCUUUCGAGUUAUGUAAAUCACGCACCGAACUGCACCAAACUCAAAACCGCGUACCUCUAUUAACUAGUACUCUUUCUCGACUUACCGAUCCCAGUGAAUUUCUCCACCCAUUUUCGUCCCAAAGAAACUGAGAAAGAGCAUAUCUAUCAUUUUUUCGCAGUUACUUCCAGACGCCAUAAAAAUGAACCUUAAUAACGCGUAUAGGCCUCACAGCAUCAUUCAGCAGCGCAAUCUGCAAGAUCAUCUUCUUUCGGCGAUGAACGGCAUUAGGCAAAACAUUUCCACGCAUUUGCUGCACAAAAAAGGCCUUUAUGUAAAUACUUUUCCAUAUCAGAUGGCCUAUUAUCUCAUACACCAGCCAACCCACUUCCAAAGGGUAGCAGCGAGAGAAUGUAAUGUUUUGCUCUUUCAAUUCGCUACACCCCCUUGUCAUUUUGGAGUUAUUUCCAGCAGCUCGCCCAAAGAAGAUAGGUCUAUUGAUUGAUGGAGAAGCACACUGAACUACUUUCCGAAGCAAUGUUUCCCAUAUUGAGGAAGGCCCUCCGACGGCAUCUUACAUCAUCCCGGGGGGCCUAAUUAAGCCGGGUGCCACGCAGUCUGCCGUAAUGCAGAUGUUUCUCGCAAGCAAAUGAAGCGAUCGAUUAAACUUACCAAGAAAACGUGACAAAUCAACACCGUUUCUUUCAGCGAAGGAACAUUUGAACCGAUCUUAAGGCACCAACAACUAACCAACGGCAUUAAGUUGUUAUCCCAUGGUCAUAAAUUCACUGCAAUUCGACAAAAGCAAUCGUGAAUUCGCGCUGAGAGUUUAGAGUUACCGACAAACGAACAAAGUUUCUUAAGAUUUCAACACCUAACGGGUCAUUUCAAAUUGGCCCGAAAGUCCCCCCAGAGAGUAUUGUCCAUUGUCCGGUGGCAAUUGAUGGGAGCUUCUCACUACUAUAAUGUCAUACAAUUAACUCUCAGCUGACCGUUUAGACAGCAUCACAAGUUCCUUAAUGUGUGGUUGUUGAUUGACAAAAGGUUAGUUGGAACCAUUUGGGAAAAAUGCCCACACGCUAGAAGUUUCGGUUUAUUGUCCGCUAGCUUCGCUAAUAGGAACCCGCAUCCCACUCGAAUUCCUCUAGGUGAAAAUGAUCCCAACCGAGCCGAGUGAAAACCAAAACCAUUCCGGUUCAAGAAAGAAAAAAAAACAGGUGUGUUACGUAUACAGUACGCGGUGAAAUAAUUCCGUGAAAAGUGCCCUGGUAGGCGUCCGAGCAAAACUUGCUUGCUGCCAAUUGAAAGGGAAACCGGGUUCAUCGCUGUGCAGCGUUGAAAUCUUUGUCCAAUUUGCACUAGCAUCAUCUAGCUAGAGCUCACGCGUAUGGGAGGCGGGCUGCGCAGAAAAACUUUUUUUUAUGAACCCCUGCGCGAGCGAUCGCGUAGGUCGACUGCCAACUGCCAAGUCCGGAAACCACCAAGAAGCGGAACGGCUUUGGAGAGUUUUCACCUGGGCAUAAAGCAACAAAAAAAAAAAACUCGGGAAAGAUGCUGGAAAAUCUGCGUCAGUGUGCUUCUGCUGCGAUGUGAUAAAUUAACUCGGUGGCGCGUCGCAUUGCCGCAAGUAACACCAACACGCACAGCGCGUUAACGGUACAAGGUCUAGUUUUUGAUCGUUCAACUUUAAAGUUUGCAAACAGUCUCACCGAGCGGCAGCGAAAGUGAAGUAAUUCUCCUCUUCCUUCUGAUUUAAUCAAGAAAACAAAACUGCCAUCCAAUGAUUUGUAAUUUAUUUUUGUAUAUUUUCAUACAAAAAUAAAAUUAUAAAUUUAUGUAUUUAAUGCAAAAAAAAAACAAAAACAAUCAACAACGAACGAAGUUAGAGCUUUUCGAAGCAACGAAGUUACCAUCACUUGAGAUUUGUCAAACCACUGUAACUAACAUAAAUCAGAGAGAUCACAUACCAGCUGAAAGCAUUGAUAAAUUCAAUUGACUAACAAAAAAGAGAGAAUCAAAACAAACCAACUUUGAGAGCAAAGGUCGUGGUAGUCGUGGAACGAUGCGAAAAUUUUUGUACAUAUUAAAUGUAAUCUUAUUCUGUAAAUAGAGCAAGAAAGUUGCUUGAAGAAACAUGUGAAGCAGUCAAGUGUUAUAAAUAAAAUGAAAAAAUUCGUACGAAA